AUGCCUCACGGCGCCUUCUCGGGGAGCCUGACGACGUCGCCCAAGUUCGACUUCGCCGUCGACAUGGGCCAUCCCUUCCUCAACCGCACAGUCGACGGCUUCAUCAACAUCGGCGCUGUUGGUGCUUGCAAGGUCGCUGCCGAGGAGACCUUUGAAUGCCUCCACAGAGGGGACGUCUCAAAGCACAAAGUCGAGCGUGCCCUCAAGAAAAUGUGCAAGGAAGGAGCGUACUGGGGUACUAUUGCUGGUGUCUACGUGGGCGUGGAGUAUGGAAUCGAGAAGAUUGGUGGUCACAGGGAUUGGAAGAACGCGAUGGUUGGAGGAGCCGUAACGGGAGCCUUGGCCUCUGCAGUGAACAAGAAGCACCGGCAGAACGUGGUGAAGAACGCCAUCACCGGGGGAGCAAUCGCAACCGCUGCAGAGUUCCUCAGUCACCUUGCCUGA